UUUAAGUUGAAAUCAAUUUAUAAAAUAGUUUUGCAAUUUUUUAAACGUUCAAAAGAAAUACUAAUACAAACAAAAAAACACACUCGAAAUGGGAAAUAAAGUGGUUACAUUUACUGAACAGCAACUAGAUGAUUAUCAGGAUUGUACAUUUUUUACCCGCAAAGAGAUCUUACGUGUCCACAAAAGAUUUCGUGAAUUACGUCCAGAUUUGGUACCACGCCAAAUGACCGAGGGUCAGGCAUCUAGUGUCAAGGUUCCUAAAGACUGCAUAGAAAAAAUGCCAGAAUUAAGGGAAAAUCCAUUUCGUCGUCGGAUUUGCGAAGCAUUUUCUCGUGAUGGCCAAGGAAAUUUAUCAUUUGAAGAUUUUCUAGAUGCCUUUUCAGUUUUCAGCGAACAAGCACCACGAGAUAUAAAAGUGUGCUAUGCAUUUAAAAUCUAUGAUUUCGAUCAAGAUGGUUUUAUAGGUCGUGCUGACCUUUUAUCGUGUUUAACCACUAUGACCAAAAAUGAAUUAAGCCCUGAGGAGCAUCAACAAAUAGCCGAUAAAGUUAUGGAGGAAGCCGAUGUUGAUGGUGAUGGCAAACUAUCCUUUCUUGAAUUUGAGCAUGUUAUUUUAAGAGCACCCGAUUUUCUUUCAACAUUCCAUAUACGAAUAUAAAAAGGAUUGAAGCACAAAGCAGCAGAUACACACACACAU